UGUCCUAUGAUUGAAAAGUUGACUUUCAGUUUCACUGUUUUCUUUACCUGUCCAGCUUAAAGUGAGCUUUCAAAGAUUUGACAAGUGCAUCUGUUCUGAAGAGAGAGUAACAAUAUUUCUUGAUUAUUAAAAAUUCACAUUAUCAGAUUAUUAUAAUGAUUCUGAUGUGUCACUGCUAACAUGAAGAUCCUUCUGAAAACUUUACAACACAUCUCAUCACGUCUACAUGUAGCUCACAGUAUUAUUGUCUGCAGAAGAAAUAUUUCAUCAUCUAGCUCCUGGACCUUACAUGCUCUCAAAAGUCGUGGGCUGAUCCAGCUUUCGGGGACGGAUGUCAACCCUUUCCUCCAAGGCCUUGUCACAAAUGAUGUCACAGUACUGGGUCCUGAAUGUACCUCAUUGCAUUCUAUGCUCCUUAAUGUUCAGGGAAGAGUGAUGUAUGAUCUACUUUUAUACCAUAAAGUUUUAGAAGACAAUCCAAGUGUAAUAGUAGAACAUGAUAGAAGAAUAACAACAGACCUUAUAAAAACAUUAAAAAGAUACAAGAUCAGGAAAAAGGUGAAUAUUUCUGAUAUAAGUGAUGACCUCCAGGUUUUUUCAGCACUGCCCCCUGUUGAUGAAUCAUGUGAAACAGGCCUUUCAUUGGAACAUAAAUCUCUUUAUCUUUCGUCUGAAGAUCCAAGAAUCAGUACUUUUGGAAGGAGAAUUGUUGCACCAAGUGAAGACAAUGUCAUGAAAUGUGUCCAUCAAGGAUCAGAAUUAGCCUCCUCCACAGAAGAAGAGUACCAUGAGAGACGAUACAUGCUUGGGUUGAGUGAGGGUAUCAUUGAUCUACCUCCAGGCAACUGUUUUCCAUUAGAGAGCAAUUUAGUUUAUCUAAAUGGAGUUUGUUUCCAUAAAGGCUGUUAUAUUGGUCAAGAACUGACAGCACGUACAUUUCACACAGGGGUAACAAGGAAACGUCUAAUGCCAUUAAAAUUUGAAAUUGUACCCUCUGGUUUGUCAGCAGGUGAUAACAUUGUAAAUGAGAAGGGAAAGUCAGUAGGUAAAUUCCGUAAUAGUGCUGGAAAACAUGGACUUGGUUUACUCAGAGUGGCUGAAAUCAAAGGAACUAUUUCAGUAACAAAUAACGAUGGACAAAUUUAUAAUGUGGAAGCUAUGCCACCAGAAUGGUGGCCAAAAGAGGAAGAAAAAGGACAUUUGUGAUGUCUAUAUUUUAUAGUAUAGUAAAUCCAUAUUUCAAUUAUUGCUGAAUAGUGUGAAGUAUUUAAGAUGUCUGCAUGUGGAUGAAUAAUUUGUUGUUUUAUAAUUCUGUAAUAAAACUGUCUGUAUUGUUA